AUGAUCAGUCACAUGAGCAGUGAGGUGACCAUUACCCCCGCCGUCCUUCCCAUCAUCAUCGUCCCCGCCUCCCUCAUCAUCCUCGUCAUCCGCUUCAUGACCAUCUUCCGCAUUCGGCCGUUCCACAAGGUCCGCAAUUUCUGCGCCCCCAAGAUGAACGGUUUGCAUAGCGAUCAUUAA